UGCGUGGCCCAUUGCCGCUAAUGAUUGCAUGUUAUACGUGCACCGUACAAAAGUGAUCAAACCAUGAAUAAAUAAAUGACAGGCAUCGAUUUGUUGCAACUGAGACGGCCAGAGGGCCAGCAGCAGCCACAGCAGGAGCAGCAGCACGAUGCCAUCGAUGAGAUCGAUGCAAUAACCGAUGCCAGCGAUCCAUCAACGACGACAGAAUUCGUCCUCGACCGCGCGCCAACGCAAAAGCCGGGCGACCGCCUGCACGCGAGCUGCGGCGGCCGCUACGUCUCCGUCGUGCGUCUCAACGGCGGCGGCCUCGCCUGCGUCGACAGUAUCUGCUACCAUGCGGGUGGCAACCUUGGCGUGGGAGAUCUGGAAGACGACGACGUGCUCAUAUGUCCACAACACCGUUUCCGCGUCUGCCUCCGCACCGGCGACGCGAUCGAGGGCGGCGACGCUCACGCGCGUGCACGCCAGCGGCUCCACGUCGCAUACGAGAACGAGGGUUCUCUUCGCGUACGUCUUGGCACAAACGGCGACGCCGCGAGCGACCGCUUCGCGAGUGCUGACGAGAAUAUUUGGAAUUACUUGAUGUGGCGCGAAAUACGCGUGGCGCGGCCCGUGGAGUAGAGUGCUGUGAGACUAAUAACGUAAAUGUGCUGU